AUGGGAAGCAAUCAAGAAUAUGGAGCAGAGACAGAGAGAUGUGCGGUGGUUAGCGGUGCAAACAAGGGUAUUGGAUUUGAGGUGGUGAGGCAGCUUGCAUCUCAAGGGGUGGUGGUGGUGUUGACAGCCAGGGAUGAGAAGAGGGGAAGAGAAGCAACGUCUAAACUUCAACAGUUGGGUCUGUCAAAUGUUGUCUUCCAUCAACUUGAUGUCUUGAAUCCAGUUAGCAUCCACUCCUUGGCCAAAUUCAUAAACGCCAGAUUUGGCAGGCUUGAUAUCUUGGUUAAUAAUGCUGGAGCUACUGGAGUGCUGGUGUCUGAGAAAGAGUUAAAAUCUCUAGACAUUGACUCCACAACUUGGCUUUCAGGGAAAGCAGUCAACCAAAUUCAAUGUGCAAUUAAAUACACUUAUGAGAAGGCUGAGGAAUGUUUGAAUACAAAUUACUACGGUGUUAAAAGAUUAACCGAGGCUCUUCUCCCACUCUUGCAACUCUCCACUCUAGGAGCAAGAAUCGUCAAUGUCUCCUCCCUAAGGAGUGAACUCAAGAGGAUACCGAGUGAAGAGAUAAGAAAUGAGCUCGGGGAUGUAGAAACAUUGACAGAGGAGAAAGUGGAUGCAGUUUUGGCAAGAUUUCUGCAUGAUUUUAAACAAAAUGAACUCGAAACGAAUGGAUGGACAAUGAUGCUGCCUGCAUAUAGUAUUUCCAAGGCCACCCUCAAUGCUUACACUAGAAUCCUUGCUAACAAGUACCCAAACAUGUGCAUCAACUGUGUGCAUCCUGGCUUUGUCAAUACAGACUUCAAUUGGCAUACAGGGACCAUGACUGUCGAAGAAGGGGCUGCCGGUCUGGUCAGGUUGACUCUUCUACCCCAUGGAGGCCCUUCCGGCUGCUAUUUCGAUCGAACUGAAGUCGCAGAUUUUUAAUGAUAUAGACAUACAUAUAAAUGUAAGAUUUAUGCA